CGCCGGGCCGGAGCCGCGGCCCGAGCCGGAGCGGGAGCUGGCGGAAUGGAGCCCCGGAACACGCCCGCGCUGCGCCGCCUGCUACCGCCGCUUCUGCUCCUGCUGCUGCCACUGCCCCCCCGCGCCCGAGCCAAGUACGUGCGGGGCAACCUCAGCUCCAAGGAGGACUGGAUGUUUUUGACAAGAUUUUGUUUCCUCUCGGAUUACGGCCGACUAGACUUCCGCUUCCGCUACCCUGAGGCCAAGUGCUGUCAGAACAUCCUUCUCUAUUUUGAUGACCCAUCCCAGUGGCCAGCUGUGUACAAAGCAGGGGACAAGGAUUGCCUGGCCAAGGAGUCAGUUAUCAGACCAGAGAAUAACCAGGUCAUCAACCUCACCACCCAGUAUGCCUGGUCAGGGUGUCAGGUGGUGUCAGAGGAGGGAACCCGUUACCUGAGCUGCUCCAGCGGUAGAAGCUUCCGCUCUGUGCGUGAGAGGUGGUGGUACAUUGCGCUUAGCAAGUGUGGGGGAGAUGGGCUGCAGUUGGAGUAUGAGAUGGUCCUCACCAACGGCAAGUCCUUCUGGACACGACACUUCUCUGCCGAUGAGUUCGGGAUCCUGGAGACAGAUGUGACCUUCCUCCUCAUCUUCAUCCUCAUCUUCUUCCUCUCCUGUUACUUCGGAUAUUUGCUGAAAGGUCGUCAGUUGCUCCACACAACUUACAAAAUGUUCAUGGCUGCAGCUGGAGUGGAGGUCUUGAGCCUCCUGUUUUUCUGCAUCUACUGGGGUCAGUAUGCCACUGAUGGCAUUGGCAAUGAAAGCGUGAAGAUCUUGGCCAAGCUGCUCUUCUCCUCCAGCUUCCUCAUCUUCCUGCUCAUGCUCAUCCUUCUGGGGAAGGGAUUCACGGUGACACGGGGCCGCAUCAGCCACUCGGGCUCUGUGAAGUUGUCUGUCUACAUGACACUGUACACCCUCACCCACGUGGUGCUGCUCAUCUAUGAGGCCGAAUUCUUCGAUCCAGGCCAGGUACUGUAUACAUAUGAGUCUCCGGCCGGCUAUGGGCUCAUCGGGCUGCAGGUGGCAGCCUACGUGUGGUUCUGCUACGCCGUGCUCAUCUCCCUGCGCCACUUCCCUGAGAAGCAGCCCUUUUAUGUGCCCUUCUUUGCUGCCUACACCCUCUGGUUUUUUGCGGUUCCUGUCAUGGCCCUGAUUGCCAAUUUUGGGAUCCCCAAGUGGGCCCGGGAGAAGAUUGUCAAUGGCAUCCAGCUGGGGAUUCACUUGUAUGCCCACGGUGUAUUCCUGAUCAUGACUCGCCCAUCAGCGGCCAACAAGAACUUUCCGUACCACGUAAGAACGUCGCAGAUCGCCUCUGCGGGGACCCCGGGACCCGGAGGAAGCCAAUCAGCGGACAAGGCCUUUCCGCAGCACGUCUAUGGGAACGUGACGUUCAUCAGCGACUCGGUGCCCAACUUCACGGAGCUCUUCUCCAUCCCCCCGCCCACCUCCUCCGCCGGGAAGCAGGUGGAGGAGACAGCGGUAGCGGCGGCGGUGGCCCCGAGGGGCCGCGUGGUGACCACGGCUGAGCCGGGCGCAGCCUCCCCGCCCCCUCCCGCUCGGUUCCCCAAGGCGGCUGACCUGGGCUGGGAUGGCCCGACGCCGUCUUACCAGCCGCUCGUACCCUCGACGGCGGCGCCGCACACCGGCUUCACCGAAUACUUCAGCAUGCACACGGCCGGGGGCCCCGCACCCCCGGUCUGAGCAUCCCUGCCCGCGCCUGCUAUGGGCACGCACCGGGCCCCUGCUGGGCUCCGGACCCCCAGCCUUGUCCGGCCCCAGGGCUCGGCCCUCCCAGGUCCCACGAGCCCCCUUGCCCCCCACCCCAGCGCCUGGGUGGGGUGCGCUGCGUCUUGCCCCCUACCCUCUUGUGCCAAACGGUCCCGCGGGAGCCUCUCUCCCCGUCCCCUCCCUCAGCCCCUGCCCCGAGCGGCGCCGGAUUCUGGGCUCCCGCUGUUCCGUGAUCUUCGGCCCCCUGGUCCCCUCCGAGACCUCUGACCCCGCUGGACUCCGGACACGUAUCGCGACCGCCGGGAUUCUGCCCGUGACACUUCAGGACUGUGCGACCCCAGGCCUUUGCUCCCGGGACGGAUGUUGUGAAGCUGGUCUCUCUGAACCCCUCCCCUGGAUCAGUGACCGGACCUGUGCUCUCCGCUCCUGUCUGCAUUCUGGAGCCUUCCUUCGGGUCCCUGGCAGAAAGAC